GCUUGGCCGCGGCCCCUUCCUCCAGCAGCUGGUGCCGUGGGGCCGCCGAGCUGCGCGUUGCUGUCUCUAUGGCCCUGGAUCCCAGCGCAAAGGAAACAGACCUCAGAGAACCAGGAUUAGCCCCAUGAUCAGGGGCAAGGUGACAUCAUUAAUAGCCUACACCACCUCUGGGACACCACAACUCCUGCUCACCAUGGAAUUUGCAUUUGAUGCAGAAAGGCACGUGACCCAUCCCUCCCUCUGACUUCUUAGCUGUGAUUCCAUGGCCACACAACCCUGUGGCUCCAUGUCCCCCCCAUUCCAGGAUCCUCCCUGGCCCCAUGACUCCUUGAUCCCCAUGGCCUCAUGACCCCUGACCUUCCAUGUGAUUUUGACCUGGACUUUGACCCCUGUGACUGUUCUCCCUCUCCCCUCCUGUGAUUCUGGCCCUGGCUGCCCUUGGGGUCUUGUUGAUCUGAACUUCCCCAGGAAGAUGUGGGGGAGGCUCUGGCCCCUCCUCUUCAGCUUCCUCACAGCAACAGCAGUCCCUGGACCCUCACUGCGGAGACCAUCCCGAGAGUUAGAUGCCACCCCUCGGAUGACCAUCUCCUAUGAAGAGCUCUCUGGGAUCCGGCACUUCAAGGGCCAAGCCCAGAACUAUUCAACACUGCUGCUGGAGGAGGCUUCUGGGAGGCUGCUGGUGGGGGCUCGAGGUGCCCUAUUCUCUCUCAGUGCCCGUGACAUAGGAGAUGGGGCUCACAAAGAGAUCCACUGGGAGGCCUCCCCAGAGAUGCAAAGCAAAUGUCAUCAAAAAGGGAAAAACAACCAGACGGAAUGCUUCAACCAUGUACGAUUCCUUCAGCGGCUCAACGCCACCCACCUCUACGCAUGCGGUACUCAUGCCUUCCAGCCCCUUUGUGCAGCCAUUGAUGCUGAGGCCUUUACCUUGCCAACUAGCUUUGAGGAGGGAAAGGAGAAGUGUCCUUAUGACCCAGCCCGUGGCUUCACCGGCCUCAUCAUCGAUGGAGGCCUCUAUACAGCCACACGGUAUGAAUUCCGGAGCAUUCCUGACAUCCGCCGGAGCCGCCACCCACACUCUCUGAGAACUGAAGAGGCACCCAUGCACUGGCUCAAUGAUGCUGAGUUUGUGUUCUCUGUGCUGGUGCGGGAGAGCAAGGCCAGUGCAAUGGGUGAUGACGACAAGAUUUACUACUUCUUCAUGGAGCGUGAGGAAGGCUCCAGCAGCUUCACUCAGAGCCGCAGCAGCCAUCGAGUAGCUAGAGUGGCCCGUGUGUGUAAGGGAGAUCUGGGCGGGAAAAAGAUCCUGCAGAAGAAGUGGACAUCCUUCCUGAAGGCUCGUCUCAUCUGUCACAUUCCACAGUAUGAGACACUACGUGGAGUCUUCAGCCUGCACCCUGACACUUCAGCCCACACGCACUUCUAUGCAGCCUUCACACUCUCAACACAGUGGAAGACUCUAGAGGCUUCAGCCAUCUGUCGCUAUGACCUGUCUGAGAUGCAGGCUGUCUUCACAGGCCCCUUCAUGGAAUACCAGGAUGGUGCCCGGCGCUGGGGCCGCUACGAAGGUGGGGUGCCUGAGCCCCGACCUGGCUCAUGCAUCACAGAUUCAUUGCGCAGCCGAGGCUACAACUCAUCUCAAGACUUGCCAUCCCUGGUUCUGGACUUUGUAAAGUUGCAUCCACUGAUGGCUCGGCCUGUGGUGCCCACACGUGGACGGCCCCUGCUGCUGAAGCGCAAUGUACGCUACACACAUCUCACAGGAACACAAGUCACCACGCCUACUGGACCCACCUAUGACCUGCUCUUUCUGGGCACAGCUGAUGGCUGGAUUCACAAGGCCGUAGUCCUGAGCUCUGGGAUGCACAUUAUUGAAGAGACACAGGUGUUCAGGAAGCCUCAGUCUGUGGAGAAUCUAGCCAUCUCUCCAAUGCAGCACAGCUUGUACGUGGGGGCUGCUAGUGGAGUCAUCCAGCUACCACUGUCCAGCUGCUUGCGCUACCGUUCCUGCUAUGACUGCAUCCUAGCCCGGGACCCCUACUGUGGCUGGGACCCCAGCACCCAUGCCUGCAUAGUGGCCACCACAAUAGUUAACAGGGCAGCACUGAUACAGGACAUAGAGAGAGGAAAUCGAGGCUGUGAGGGCAGCAGGGAUACAGGGUCACCACUACCACUGAAGACACGCUCUGUGCUCCGAGGUGAUGAUGUCCUCCUGCCCUGUGACCAGCCAUCUAAUCUGGCCCGGGCUUUGUGGCUACUCAAUGGGAGCAAAAGCCUGAGUGAUGGGCAGGAUGGCUACCGUGUGGGUGUGGAUGGGCUGCUGGUAACAGACACACAGCUAGAACACACUGGCAACUAUGGCUGCUACGCUGAGGAGAAUGGCCUCCGUACACUGCUGGCUUCCUACAGCCUCACAGUCCGGCCAGCCACUCCUGCCCCAGCUCCACAAGACCCUGCCACGACUGGGGCACAGCUGGCACAUGACAUGAGAUUGCUCUACGUGGUGGCCAUUGCCAUACUUGGUGGCCUCUGCCUCAUUUUGGCAUCCUCCCUCCUCUAUGUGGCUUGUCUGAAGGGAGGCAGAAAAGGACGCCGAAGGAAAUACUCACUGGGUCGGGCUGGCCGGGCAGGGGGCUCAGCUGUGCAGCUGCAGACAGUCUCAGGCCAGUGUCCUGGAGAGGAAGAUGAAGGUGAUGAUGGGGAGGGGGCUGGAGGCCUGGAGGGUGGCUGCCUCCAGAUCAUCCCUGGAGAAGGAACCCCAGCCCCACCACCCCCACCACCUCCACCGCCCCCAGCUGAGCUGACCAAUGGGCUGGUGGCACUGCCCAGCCGGCUGCGAAGGAUGAAUGGCAACAGUUAUGUGCUCCUGAGGCAGAGCAACAAUGGAGUGCCAGCUGGACCCUGCUCCUUUGCAGAGGAACUCAGCCGCAUCCUGGAGAAGAGGAAGCACACACAGCUUGUAGAGCAGCUAGAUGAGAGCUCUGUCUGAGCUUAGCUUCCCAAACAACUGCUCUUGCAAGCCAGCCUGUCUGCCCUGGGCUGGGCUGCUGCUUCCCCAACACAGCCACCCUCCUUUGUGUUCCCAACUCCAUGCCCCUCUCCCAACUUUCUGAUGUCUCUGUAGGGCUGACCAGAAUCAUGGUUAGCCAAAGCCCCUUCUUCAGUCUCCAAGACCCACAUGUGAGCAGCCCAGGCCCACCGGUGCUCCUUAAAGGUAGGUGCUCCUUCAGGAAUAAGUGAUCUGAAAACUCAGGCCCAGUUCCUAUCCCUUAACCUAAAUGCUUGGGAGGAGGUAAGGACUCCCUUAUCCCAUUAUCUGCCCAACCCUUCCUCUUCUUCCCAGGUAGGGCUCUGCAGGUCCAGAUGGCCUCAAUGCCACCACCCUCUACACAGCUCUGUGUGCUGGGUAGUCCUGAAUUCAGACAAGACCUCUGCCAGCCACCUGAGUCCUGCUUACAUUUACAUGUGCACGUGGAAGAAUGUUUAUCAGCUGGGCUGCCAUGCCCCUCUUUUCCUGGUGCAUUCCUGUGUCGUCCCUUCUAGAUUUGGGGCACCCUCCUGUCAUCUUCCAAUCUAGUCCUCUUCCCCAGUCCCAGCCCCAUGUGGUGACCCUUUGGUAAGAGCUUAGGAACAGGCCAUCCUGGGAGGUAAGACUGCCAUCAUUUCCCUCUUCCUUUCUGUGUAGCCCUUUUGAGUCAGCCUCCCUACUCCCCUCAGUCACAUGCAAGAGCACCAAAGCUCCAGGCAUGUCCCCUCCCCAUGCAUAUGUGGUAACACGCCUCUCAUGUGCUUACAUUUCCACCCACAUGCACCUUCUGAGUCUCCCCUUGCUGCCUUGGACCUACUAGGUUUGGUCCAUGGACAUUUCAAAGGGAGAUCUCCUCCCAUUUAGCUGUCCUCAACAGAUCUUUCCCUAGGACAAGUGACCAACACUGCACUCAAUGAGCCACCCUCCCUUUUGGGAACCAAGCAAUUGCUUCCCCUGGACCAGAGCAGGGGUUGGUGAUCUGAUAUCUCACCUGGCACAUGAAGCCCGUUCUUGGAACUAUGCAAAGGGCAGAGGCUGGGAGUUUGGAUGCUUGGCUCCCAUCCCUGUCCUACCUCACCAGGGCACUUUCAGGGUCCAAGGGCCUCAGAAGUUGCCAGGCCCAUAUGGGACAAUCAAUCCUGAUUGCGCUCCCCCAUUUCCUUUGGGUGAGGAUGACUGUUAUUUUUGUAGCUGAGAACGUGGAACCCCACGAGUUUUUACUACCCUUCACCAGAACCUCUCCCACCUCUACCCCACAAUGAAUGUAUUUAUUAUAAGAAUGGCUGUACUUCUUCAGGAAUGCCCCCACUCAUCACCCAGGUGGGUGGAAAGGCAUGUGACAAGAGUAGGGAGCCUGGGCUCUGCUCCUCCUGAUGCUGGUUAAUAAAUGCCCUCUUUCCCCACA